CAAUUUUUUCAGGUCAAGGAAAGAGUUGCUGUAAUUAAUUUGCAUGCCAGUCCUCUUUGCUAUCAAUAUCUUUUUCCUUCCAAUUUUCAUACAUUGUUUGCAUGAUAACCAGUUUACCAUGGAAUUGGCUGGAACUUCAUCUGGAAACAUGCCCACUCACUACUCCAUGGACAUGUCGACAGAUUUUAUUCCAAUGUCUAUAUUUUCUGAGUCAGCUCAAGGAAGGCUUUCCGUGGAAGGAAAGAUAUACCACAAGUUUGACAUGAAGCCUCAUCAUGAAAACAUUGAGAACUAUGGAAAACUUUGCCGUGAACGGACUAAUAAGUACAUGACUAAAAGUAGACAGAUUCAGGUUAUUGACAAUGAUAAUGCCAAACAUAUGAGGCCUAUGCCUGGAUUUUUUGCAACUAAGGCUUCUGGAUCUGCAGAUAAGAAGAAGGUGCCAAGUAAGGGAUUAGAAAUGAAAAGAACAAGGAGGGACCGUGAUGAAAUGGAAGAAAUCAUGUUCAAACUCUUUGAGAGGCAACCAAAUUGGACACUGAAACAGUUGGUCAACGAGACUGACCAACCUGAGCAAUUUAUGAAAGAUAUGCUAAAACUUCUCUGCAUCUACAACAAUAAGGGCGCUCAUCAAGGCACUUACGAGCUGAAGCCAGAGUACAAGAGAUCAGAAGACAAGGCUGAUUGUUGAUUAUUUUAGCAUAAGCUUUCUGGUCAGAGGCCUUAGCCGUCAGCCAGAGGAACACACCAACUGUUCUUACUUGAAGAUACCAUUCUUUUGUGCAUAAAAUCAAGUUAAAAUAAAUUCCUAUGGUUGUUAAUAGUCUGUUUGCUUUAUCUUAUCAAUUCUCUUCUGCUUUUAGAUCCCUUAUCUGUUUAGCAAACUAGAAUAAUAGAAUGAUAUAGUAGGAGAAAAGCAGACAGAAAUGAAGCAUAUAUUUUUGGGACAGGGAAGUAUCUGAAGAUCAUAAUGCACCACAUUUACGUCUGUAGACAACUA